UUUGCCAGGCGCUCUGCAAGCGGCUAGCAGCAGUGAGCUGGACGAGACGCGAGGAACCUGGCUGGCAUUGCGCAGUGGCCGCCCAUUGGGCUCCUUGUCGGCAGCACAGACACGGUUCGCGCGCUGCAAGAGCCAGAGCCAGAGCCAGAGCCAGAGCCAGAGCCAUUGCGGCCGCCGCCCACCAGCAGCAGCAUUUUAUAUCUUCCACUCGACCCCUCGCUCGCUCGCCUCGGCCCAUUUGCUCCCCAAAGCCAAAAAAAUGAGUGGUCCUGGUGAGAAUCGCUGGCGACGGCAGGGUCAGGCCAACCGCAACUCGGGCGCAAGCACCCCCACCAAGGACGCUGGACGCCAGCAGCCCAUGGCACCGCCCACAGCCAAUGUCUGGGGAGCCAAGCAAGCAAAGGCAUCAGGGCCGCCGCAGACGACGGCGACGACGACGGCGACGCCAGCCCAGUCGCAGCCCGAGCACCAUGUGCCGGUAAAGGACUUCAACGCCAACGAGGUCAGGGACUUUUUGAAAAAGAAGUAUCUCGAGAGCACUGCGAAUCAGCCAGCCGUCUACCACAAGGUUCCGGGCGACUCGGUGUCGAACAGGAGCAGCGGCGCAUGGGGCAAAGGUGGCACCAUGCCGCACCUCAUGCCGACCGGGCAGGACUUUUUCACGCAGCUCAAGAAGCAGCUGGCGAGCCUCGACCAGACCAAGGCGGCGUAGUCGCUGCCUGCAUGCACAUGCACACGCACACGCAUACAGGCGAGGAGAUGAUUGUUUCAGCGGCAUGGGACGGGCAUAACCGGCGUUGUUUUGGGCUUUUCGUUUUCUCGAGGGGGGGGGGUGGAACAAGGCGUUUUGGGGCCUGGGAGCGUGCAUCGGGCCCGGCUUGUAGCAUCAUGAUAGGCGAUACCCAUGUGCUUGCGGCGAGCGGGUUGGGGCGGAAAAGCAGGACAGGACACGGGGGCUGUAUGUAGCGGAUGCAAUGCGAGGGUACAUGUACACGUAGAUGCAGG